AUGGCAGGAUAUACGAAACCGAUCGCCUCAGCGACAGGCGGUCUCGCCUUCUCCAGACUCCAGUCCGAUGAGAUCCGACGUCUCUCAGCCAAGAGAGUACAUGUUUCUCCAGCGUUGGAUUCAUUAUUCGGCCCCGUGCCUGGCGGUGUUCAUGAUCCUGCUCUAGGAGCAAUAGGUGCCUUGGAUAUAAACUGUUCGACAUGUCGCAUGAAUGCCAUCCACUGCUCUGGCCAUUGUGGGCAUAUUGAUCUGCCAAUCACCUGUUAUCACCCCCAGUACAUUGACUCUACACUACGACUUCUCCGAGCGAAGUGCGCCUACUGCCACCGCUUCAAGGCAGUUCCAAACUUCAUAAACCAGGCAGUUUGCUCCUUACGGCUGCUGCAGUAUGGGCUUGUUGAGGAUUACCAAAUUGUCAAGGGCAUACAUCUUGGUGGACGGCGCCCGAAGAGACCCAAAACGGACGAUAUUGUUGAAGAUGUUCUCGAGCAGGAAGAGGAGGAAGACAUCGAAGAUCUCAUGGCCCGCAGAACAAAAGCAACGAAUAAAGCAAUUAAGCGAGCAAGGAGGAAGUCUCCACUUGAUCGCUCAGCGCUGAUCAAUAACCCUGUGGCAAUAGCAGCUCGGAAAGAGGUGAUUCUUGAAGUGCUGAGGGAGAUUCCAUUGAUCAAGAAAUGCGGCCACUGUGGAGGUGCUAGUGUCACCUACAGAAAGGACAGGGCCGUCAAGAUCUUCAGGAAACCGCUUCCGACUAUGCAAAGAGAAUACAUGCGUGUUCUUGAUAUGAGAGCACCAAAUCCACUCAUCUUCCUUCAAUCAGAGCGACGGCAUAGAUUAGAAGUGAAGAAGCCCCUCCUUAAUCACGUGCAAGACAGUGAUACUGAUAUGCAAGACGCCGACGAGGACGACACUGAAUUGUAUAGUGCCGAGGAAGAGAUUGCAAUGCGAAAUGCCUUGGAAACGACUGCGCAAUCAAAAGGCGCAGGACUUGAAGACGUCGAUGAUGUACAAAAGUACUUGACAACUACAGAAGUGCACGCUGCAUUGACUUUGUUGUUCGAACGCGAGCAAGAGCUUAUCAGCUUGAUCUAUGCGCCCAACCCUGGUCGCAAGCGAAUUCCAGUCUCGCCAGACAUGUUCUUUAUAAGUGCCGUGCUGGUCCCACCAAAUCGAUAUCGACCUCUAGCAAGACAGGGCCCCAAUCAGAUGCUCGAGGCACAAGCAAAUGCUGUGCUUAACAAAAUCAUUAACGCUGCCAAUGAUGUUGUCACGAUUAGUCGAGACAUGAAGAGAAUCAAAUUUGAUCCGUCAGCACGUCCUCGGACUCUGAAUGAGUCUAUCCAGGCGUCCAUAGUUCUACAAGAAGCAGUCAACGCGCUUGUAGACUCGCCUCCGCCUGCAUCUGGGAAGGUGCCAGAUCAAGGAAUCAAACAAAUCUUGGAGAAAAAGGAAGGGCUCUUUCGCAUGCAUAUGAUGGGGAAGCGCGUUAAUUUUGCCGCUCGAAGCGUCAUCUCGCCCGAUCCCAACAUCGAGACCAAUGAAAUCGGUGUUCCAUUGGUAUUUGCGAAAAAGUUGACUUACCCAGAGCCGGUCACGAGCCACAACUUCGAAGAGUUGAGUAAAGCCGUGAUAAACGGUAUGGAUAAAUAUCCAGGUGCGGCAGCUAUCGAAAAUGAGAACGGCAUGGUUCUGAGCUUGAAGCGAAAGACUUUAGAUCAGCGCAAGGCGCUGGCUAAGCAACUUCUCACGAUUACAACUCCCGGCGCGAAAGGGGAAAUUGGAAAGAAAGUGUACCGCCAUCUUCAAACGGGAGACGUGGUGGUCAUGAACCGUCAACCUACGCUGCAUAAGCCAUCCAUGAUGGGUCAUCGAGCUCGUGUACUGACAAAUCAAAAAACGAUUCGAAUGCAUUACGCCAAUUGCAACACUUACAACGCCGAUUUUGACGGCGACGAAAUGAACAUGCACUUCCCGCAGAAUGAGCUUGCACGAACAGAAGCCCUUCAAAUCGCUGACACCGAUCAUCAGUACCUUUCUGCAACAGCAGGAAAGCCGUUGCGCGGCCUUAUCCAGGAUCAUAUUUCCAUGGGCGUGCAGUUUACCAGCCGUGAUACAUUCUUUGACCGAGACCAGUAUCAACAACUAUUAUAUAGCUGUCUAAGACCUGAAGACUAUAACACUGUCUAUGAGAAGAUUCACAUGGUGGAACCUGCAAUUCUCAAGCCCAAGAUGUUAUGGACGGGAAAGCAGGUGAUCACCACAAUUUUAAAGAACAUCACGCCUGAUAAGUUCCGGGGUCUCAAUUUGAGCAGCAAAUCAUCCACUUCAUCGGAACAAUGGGGCGAGACGACAUCCAAGGAUCCACAAAAGUGGAAUGUCACAAGCACGAGCAUUGUUUUUCGGGAUACAGAACAAACCGUCAUCUUUCGAGAGGGAGAGCAUCUGUGCGGCAUUCUCGACAAAAGUCAAAUGGGCCCGAGUGUAGGUGGGCUGGUGCAUUCGAUCUACGAGGUAUAUGGACAUAUCGUCGCAGGGAAGCUGUUGAGUAUUCUAGGUCGAUUACUCACUCGAUUUCUCAAUGAACGGGCGUGGACCUGUGGUAUGGAUGAUCUCUAUCUGACAAAUGAGGGUGACAACCUCCGCCGAGAAGAACUGAAGAAAGCAAAACCGAUGGGCUUGGAAAUUUCGAGAGAAUAUGUAACACUGAAGUCAGAAAAAGUGGAUCAGAAUGAUCCUCAACUUCUAGCUCGAUUAGAAGGUGUUCUCCGAAACGAUGAUCAAUUGAACGGCCUCGAUCAACUCUACAAGUCCAAGAUCAACUCAAUCACCGACAACGUGUCCAAGUUCUGCUUACCUGGCGGUCUUCGAAAACCCUUCCCUAGGAAUCAAAUGCAAGCCAUGACAUUAUCAGGCGCGAAAGGAUCCAAUGUCAAUGCUAAUUUAAUCUCCUGCAACCUGGGACAGCAGGUUUUGGAGGGUCGGCGUGUACCGACAAUGGUCAGUGGGAAGACGCUCCCUUCCUUCCGUGCCUUCGAAACAGACCCUGUUGCGGGUGGGUACGUUUCCGGCCGCUUCUUGACUGGCAUAAAGCCACAGGAGUACUUCUUUCACGCUAUGUCCGGUCGAGAGGGUCUCAUCGAUACCGCUGUCAAGACUUCGAAAUCUGGCUAUCUCCAACGAUGUAUCGUCAAGGGUUUGGAAGGUCUCCGGACGGAAUAUGACACAUCAGUGCGAGAGACUUCGAAUGGACACAUGGUUCAAUUCCUAUAUGGUGAAGAUGGGCUUGAAAUCACUCGCCAGAAAAACCUAAAAGAGUUCUCAUUUCUUGCCGAGAACCACCAGUCUAUCGCCACACUGAUGAGAGCCCAGGAAGUUCUUGAGCGAAUAGAAAACAAAGGUUUGGGCGAUGAACAAAAGGCAGUUUUGAAAUCCUUAAGGAAACGGGGAGCAACGAGAGAUCCCAUAACAACUCUUUUCGGUCCGGCCAGCAACUUCGGCAGCACAUCAGAGUCUUUCGCAUCGUCUCUUGCAAAGUAUAUGAAGGACAAUGCAGACAAGCUCAUUAAGGAUAAGAGAACCAAUCCUGGUGGCAUUGUCAGCAAGAAAACUUUUCAAUCGAUUAUGGAUCUCAAGUACAUGAAAUCCGUUGUUGAGGCUGGCGAAGCUGUUGGUGUUGUCGCUGCUCAAUCUGUUGGCGAACCAUCCACUCAAAUGACGCUGAACACCUUCCACUUGGCUGGUCAUUCAGCCAAAAACGUUACUUUAGGAAUACCUCGUCUUCGUGAAAUUAUCAUGACAGCAAGCGCAAAGAUUAUGACGCCGACAAUGAGCCUCAGACCUAUUGAGGAGCUAACUGUGGACGAUGGUAUACGCUUCGCCAAGAGUAUUAGUCGCCUUCCGCUAGCAAGAGUCAUUGAUCAGCUCAAGGUAACUGAACGGGCUGCGGGUGCGAAGCAUGGAAACGAGAAAUUGUAUGAUGUCUUUAUGCAGCUGUACGAUCCCGCUGAAUAUGAGGACGAAUAUGCCAUUAAGCGUGCGGAUGUUCAGAGAUGCCUCGAGAAGAAGUUCCUUCCAAUGCUCGCCAAGAAAAUUGGCGAGGAAAUCAAGAAAAAAUUGAAGGAAGCUUCCCUUUCCGAAGCAACAGCAGCAGUGCCCCAAAUUGGCGCUUCUGUUGGUCAUGUGGAAGAUGUUAGACCGACUGCCACACGUACUACAGAAAGAGAGGGCGGUGAGGAUGACAUUGAUGAGGACGCAGACCCAGAUGAUGCCAAGGACACUGCUGCCAGAAGACGACGAGAAGAUACAUUUGAUGAACCAGAUGAUGAAGAAAGAGAUAUCGCAGAUGAAUCCAGCGAUGAUGCCGUGAGUGAUGAUGAUAAUGAACAAUCACCUGGAAAGAAGCGGAUGAAGAAGUCACGGAAAAGCCAGCUUCCGCAAAAUCUCCGUGAGGAAAUUGCUGAAGAUUCGGAGUCGGAGACACUCGAUGCAGAAGACUCUGAAGCAGAAGCUCGACACAAUCAACUGAAACAGGAUAACCCUCACCUCAAGCGGUUUGUCUUCAGCAAGUACCAUGGUAAGGCUUGCAGAAUUGUCCUUAGUUAUGACUCGAAAACACCCAAACUCCUCCUCCUGCCCAUCCUGGAAAAAUGUGUCCACGCAGCAGACAUCCAACAUAUACCUGGUCUCGGGGUCUGCACGCAAUUUAUGGAAGAGAUAGUUGGAGAUGACGGAAAGCCUGUCAAAGCAUUCAACGAAACACUUAAGAAGGAAGAGACGGUCAAGGAGCCCGUUAUCACGACUGAAGGAGUCAAUCUCGUCGCCAUGCGCGAUUAUCAAGACAUUAUCAAUCCACACAGCAUGUAUACCAACUCGGUGCACGAUAUGCUUCGUCUCUAUGGCGUUGAAGCUGCCCGCACUACCAUUAUCAAGGAAAUUGAUGGCGUCUUCAAAGGUCACGGGAUAUCGGUCGACAUCCGCCAUUUGAACCUGAUUGCUGAUGCCAUGACGCAGUCCGGCUCAUACAUGCCUUUCAGCCGCCAUGGUUUGAUCAAAGAGGGAGGAAGUAUCCUGGCGAAGAUGAGUUUUGAGACCGUGAUGGGCUUCCUCAAGGACGCGGUCCUCUUCGGCGAGAGUGAUCCUUUACUAGGACCUAGUGCACGUAUUGUUGCGGGCAGGCGAGGUAACAUAGGGACCGGCGCAUUUGAUGUAGUACUGCCGGUACAUUGA